AAGAAGAAGAAACGCGUUUGUGCUUCCGUUGCGUUCAUGCUGGUGAUUUGAGAAACAUUCCGUUUCUGUGGUUCUUCUGAAUUUGUGUUUUAAUUUUUUUCAUUUAAUUAUGUCUGUUAAAUUAAACGCUCUUUACAGCGACUCGUAUGUUGAUAUAAGCCAAUAUAGAGACCAGCAUUUCAAGGGUAACCGCUAUGAGCAGGAGAAGCUGUUGCGUCAGAGUUCGACACUGUAUGUGGGGAAUCUGUCCUUCUACACGACAGAGGAGCAGGUACAUGAGCUCUUCUCUAAGAGUGGAGACGUCAAGAGAAUCAUCAUCGGCCUCGAUAAAGUCAAGAAGACUGCCUGCGGAUUCUGUUUUGUUGAAUAUUACACUCGGGCUGAUGCGGAGCAUGCAAUGAGGUUUAUUAAUGGCACCAGACUGGAUGAUCGGAUCAUAAGAACAGACUGGGAUGCUGGCUUUAAAGAGGGCAGACAGUACGGCCGUGGAAAAUCAGGCGGGCAAGUCAGAGAUGAGUACAGACAGGAUUAUGACCCUGCCAGAGGGGGUUAUGGGAAGCUUGUGCAGAAAGUGUGAAUGUCCCGUGUUGGUUUGGACUAUUCCAGAUCAGAGAUCAAUACAGGCAGGUUUAUGAUCCUGCCAGAGUGGCUAUGGGAAAUUAAUUCUGCUUCAAAGUGCACCCGAGGGCCAUCAGACAUUUUAAUGUUCGGGAUACACAGGGACAAAUCUGUAACUAAUUCAGUAUUUUAUUUUUUGUAAGUUUAGCCCUUUAAUGCCUGAAAGUCAUUCUGUCUGACAGGUGUAGUCUGGUUUCUCUCUUCUUUUUUUUAAAUAAAUAUGAGGGUUUUUUUUUUUUAU